AUGGAGCAGAAUAGCAACUCGCAGCACAACCCAGCUCAAACAGCGGACGAUUCCUUGGACGUCCUUUACGAGGAGCCUGGAGCAUACGCCGGUACGACGCGGAAGUCGUUUGGGUGCAGCGACGACAUCACUCUCCUGACGGCAGUCAACGACGCCAAGCCCUGCGACCUCAAGGCCAACCGACGGUUCAAAGUGGACAAAGACGGGCAAGGCUGCACGACCCGUUUCGACAAGCUGGCAAAGGCGUACAAGGAGCGUUCACUUGUCUCGAUACGCCGAAGCGGAACGGACGAGGAAUUCAAAGAAUGCGAGCAACUGUUGGAGGAUAUUUUGUCACAAGUCAACGACUUCGUAGAGAAAAAGGACGCCCUAGCAUCCUUUCUUGCGGCGAAGAAGGACGGCAUCAAGUCAUCUGGUGUUAUGAUGCGAAAAUUGGCGAUAGUGGUUGACUUUUCGCAGCACAUUACGACCGCAGUCGACAACGUCACGGGUGAAGACCCAAGUCUCAAAAUGGUGACAUCAUUUCUCAAAGACCGGUUUGAACAAGAAGAUAUGCGUGACGAAAAACGUGCACGUCGAGAGGAUGAGAGUGACCGUAAACAUCAUCUCAAGCGUGCGGACCUCGAGCACACGAAGACAACAUUUGCCGUGGCGUUCUGGAACAAGCACGGAGACACACCUCUUCGUGACAUCGUGAACGUCGACAAAACUACCGUAUACUAUACAUACCCCCGCGUCGCACGGACAAAGCUCCCUAUUCUCUUCAUCGUGUGCGGAACACCUGGUGGUCCCAUCGAGACAGACGAGCUUCCGACGUACCCCGCCGGUCAAGUCUACGCUAUCCAAGACAUAGUGUGGAUAGACGAGAACGUGUGGGUGUAUUUCCUACAAGAACUGCUCAAAUUCAAACUCAUCGGUCCGUCAGUGCUUCUCGGACUUGUCGUGGGACAUGCAGAGCUAAAAUAUUAUUGA